AUGCGGGAUACGAAGGCACAGUUAGCGGAAGCAAGGUGCUCAGCUUCUGAUCUGGCCGCGCGCUUUGAGGGUAUUCUGCAAGAAAAAGAUGAAUUGAAAAAGCGAAUUUCCCUUCUGGAGGCCGAGAAGGCUGACCUUGAUGCUGCUGGAGGAUUGCUAAAGCAACGAGUAGAGGCUCAGGAAAGGCAGAUCGAUGAGAUGCGUCUUCAGUUGGCCGAUUCAACCAAGGAGGCCCAGAAGGCGCAUUCCGAAAGGGAGGAGAGCGCCUUCGAGCGAAGGAAUCAGGCAGUUCAAUAUACCUCCUUGUUUAACAUGUUUAUAUAUGAAUAUGUAGGCAUGGCCGAUCUGGUGAUGGAACAGUUAAGUUUCAUUUCUGCCCAGGAAAUGACAUUAGACCCUGUAAAGGCAGCCGCAUAG